UUUCAGGAUUUUUUAUGCAUUUUGAGCAAAGUAUCACGAGGAAGUGUGGAAGAAAAACUUCAAUGGGUUUUUGGCCUAUAUGAUCUGAAUGGGGAUGGAUUGAUCACCAAAAAGGAGAUGCUUGAGGUGGUAUGUUCCAUCUAUGACAUGCUUGGCCGAUCCACCCAGCCUGUGGUGGAAGAGCACUCUGCCAAAGAACAUGUUGAAAAAAUUUUUCAUCUAAUUGAUACAAACAAAGAUGGUGUUGUAACAAUAGAUGAACUGGUGGAAUGGUGUUCAAAGAAUGAACAGAUCCUCCAAUCCCUCGAGACUUUAGACACAGUCCUGUGAUGGAGCUACGUCAAAUUGGCCUGACGACUAGGCACACUGUGUCACUUCAGUGAUUUGCAAGUCUAGGUGUUCUGGGUGAAUUUUUUUCACUUCUCGGGCAACCUUGCCAUUAAGUCGUAGAUGAUUCCUUAAAUUUGG